AUGAAGCCUGCUGCAUCUCCAUCAUACGAGCCGCUGGGGACCAGAGACAACGACGAUGUGGUCUACAGCGUCUCUGGGGAUACGCAAAGCGAGGACGAUGUAUCUCUCUUGAAACAAGCACCCCAACGGCCUCAACACUCCAAUAGACGCCUUCAGUUGCUCCUCUGGCUGAAUGCUACUGUUUUUGCACUGUCACUAUUUCUCUUUGCCAUGACUGUCAGCAUCGUUCGGGGCACGGGCGACCCAAACCAUCUCUUACGAAAGACCUCCGAGUACUCUCCUGUGUUCGAUCGCCUUGAGAUACCCCUCAUCAGCAAGAAAAUGAAUGCGACGCUGCUGGAGCCAGACCCCCUUCCCAUCUACCGCCAACCCCCUAGCCCCGAGGUAGACGCAGCCUGGAACCGACUGGCGAACAUUAACCCCAUCGCCAUCAGUCGUGAUGACGUGGCCAAGCUGGGAAGGGAUCCUGAGCAGGCAGCCAAAUGGCCCGAGAGCUUUGGCUUUGGGUCCGAGGCGUACAUUGGGCGACUGGAUGUCUUCCACCAGAUCCAUUGUCUGGAUUGGCUGCGGCGUGAAGCGUACUUUGACCACUACUAUGGAAAGAAGUGGCCGCCGGGGACUCCGCCCUCUGACAUGCAUCGGACGCAUAUCUCCCACUGCACCUACCUGCUGCUCCAGAACUUGAUGUGCAACGCUAAUGUCGACAUCUACACCCAUUACUGGGCGGAUGCGCAGCUGAACGCCUUCCCUGACUUUAACGUGAAUCACAAAUGCCGUGAUUUUGACGCCAUCUUGCGCUGGCAGGAGGAGAACUCGGUGGAUGUGGAUGAGUUUGCAGCCAUUAGAAAACCCCCCGAAGCAGAGGCCCGGGUCAUGUCGCAUCGAUUCAAGGAGUUGUUUGGUUGGUACAAGUCCAAUCCGGAUGAUGGCUCGGACAGUGGGGUCAUUGGAUGA